UUUUUCAAACUUCAUGAAGUACCUUCCAAAAAUCAUUCUCGGGCCAUUUAACAGUGCAGUUCCCUGCAAGUAUCGAUGUAGUAUCUGGCUUGAAGACGUACUGAAGAUUACUCUUUACAACAGUAGAAAUGGACAGCAGCAGUUUCAUUCAGUUUGAUGUGCCCGAGUACAGCAAUACUGUUCUGAGCCAGUUAAAUGAACUCCGCUUGCAAGGAAAGCUGUGUGACAUAAUUGUGCAUAUUCAGGGUCAGCCAUUUCGAGCCCAUAAAGCUGUCUUAGCUGCCAGUUCUCCAUAUUUCCGUGACCAUUCAGCAUUAAGCACCAUGAGUGGCUUAUCAAUAUCAGUUAUUAAAAAUCCCAAUGUUUUUGAACAGUUGCUUUCUUUUUGUUACACUGGAAGGAUGUCCUUACAGCUGAAGGAUGUUGUUAGUUUUCUAACUGCAGCUAGCUUUCUACAGAUGCAGUGCGUCAUUGAUAAAUGCACACAGAUACUGGAGAGUAUUCAUUCAAAGAUCAGUGUUGGUGAUGUUGACUCUGUCACUGUUGGUGCUGAAGAAAAUUCAGAAAAUCGCAAUGGAGUUAAAGACAGCAGCUACUUUGCCAAUCCUAUUGAGAUAUCUCCCCCCUAUUGCUCUCAGGUGCGACAGUCAACAGCAGGCAGCGAUCUUAGGAUGGAAACUACUCCAGGCAAAACUCUACGUAGUCGUCUGCAAGAAGAAGGGCAUUCAGAUCGAGGAAGCAGUGGGAGUAUCUCUGAAUAUGAGAUUCAGAUUGAAGGUGAUCAUGAGCAAGGAGACCUGAUAGUAAGGGAAAGUCAGAUUGCAGAGGUGAAAGUUAAAAUGGAAAAGUCUGACAGGCCAAGCUGCUCUGAUAGCUCUUCCCUUGGUGAUGAUGGAUAUCAUACUGAAAUGGUGGAUGGAGAGCAAGUGGUGGCAGUAAAUGUUGGUUCCUAUGGGUCUGUCUUACAACAUGUUUAUUCAUUUACCCAUGCGUCAUCACAGGCUACAGGUGUGUCUGAAGCCUUUGGAAGCCUGAGCAAUACGAGUCCUUCAAGGUCAAUGUUGAGCUGUUUCAGAGGGGGUCGCGCACGCCAAAAACGGGUAUCCACUGGUCACUUGCAUAGUGAUGUUCAGGGCUUGGUGCAAGGGGCUGACAGUGAAUCCAUGGUGAGUAACCCAGGAUAUGAAAAUAGUCCACGGGAAAGAAAUACAAGAGGUCAUUGGUAUCCAUACAAUGAGAGGCUAAUUUGUAUUUACUGUGGAAAGUCUUUCAACCAGAAAGGAAGCCUUGAUCGACACAUGCGUUUGCACAUGGGAAUAACUCCUUUCGUGUGCAAGUUUUGUGGGAAGAAAUAUACCCGCAAGGACCAACUUGAGUAUCAUAUUCGUGGUCACACAGAUGACAAGCCCUUUCGCUGUGAGAUCUGUGGAAAAUGUUUUCCUUUCCAGGGUACGCUAAACCAGCAUUUGCGAAAAAAUCACCCUGGGAUAACAGAAGUAAGAAACAGGGUAGAGUCUCCAGACAGAACAGAAGCGUUUGUGGAACAGAAAGCAGAUAAUGAUGCUUCGGCUUCUGAAGUUAUGGAUUCUAGUAUGGAAAUUCAUGCAAUGUCUAACACAUCUGAUUAAAAUAUUACAUUCUAAGUGCAACACAAACAAGCACAUUACUAAUGUAUUUUUAAAUUCUUUUAUUCUUUUAGUAAUCUUCAGUACAAGUAUAACAGCCUUUUAAUUUUCCUGACCUUCUGGAAAUCAGUUUGAAAUGGUUUCUGGAGAAGACU